AUGGAGAACUUUGACAGAAACGGCGUCGUGGAAGGGUUUAAGAUGCCGUUGCAUUACCCAAAAUACACAAAGGAUGAUUACGAGAAGAUGGAAGAGUGGAGACUUGAUUUGCUUCUCUUGGAGUACGGAUUGCUUGUCUUCCAUGACACUACUCUCCAUGAGAAGCGAGCUAUUGCGAUCGAAACUUUCCUGUGGCCUCAUCCGUAA